GUAGAUUUUCAUAGACAAAAGUUUUAAACGUUGUCAGUAUUUUUCAAAGGAGCUUUCGCGUAGGGAGUAAAAAAAUGAAUUCAAACGAAAGAGUCUUCUUAUUCAUUUUUUCCAUUGUCACCAUGAACGUGAUCUGCUGUGCUUUCGGUCAAUACGAACCUUUAUACAUGUCGAAACCAGAUUAUAGUAACGAGUACUAUUUAAUAUACAAUGUCAGAUAUAACAUAGCGGACCAGAAACUUUACGUGGUAGAGUCUCUGGAAGGCGAUAUAAUAUCGCUGUGUCCGCGAACUGAUGAUCCAAAUUCUCUUGAGAUACGACAGAAGGAACCAAAGAAAAUCCCUUUUAUUCCCGAUGAUUGCGAAACAUCGAUCAAAUCCGACGUUUAUUUCCUAAAGGAUGUGUUUGAGGACAUGUCGAGCUAUUCGAGCGUAAUUGGAUUUCUGCGUUUUACACCAGAUAGCAUUUUCGGAUCAGCCUUCAACGACGUUCCUCAAAACCAUAAAGUGGUCGAAUUCAUUCACUUCAGAUUUGACAAAUCUUUGGGAAGGAUCAGGUAUGUAGAAUAUGAAAUAGGAACUGGAAAACAUUUAAAACCGGAGAUAAGCACGCAAAAGGAGAAUAACGAAUACCAAAAGAAUGAAAAUAUUUUCGGAUACGACGUCGAUAAAUUAUACUCUCAAAGUAAACUUCCUAUGGUCAAAGUCCAACUAGCCCCCGAGGAUGAUUUCUUUUACGCCAAUUUGAAAUCAGCCUCAAGACACAACAUACUGACUGCUCCAAUGUGGCGUGAGCUGCUACCUCAAUGGCAAGCUUUGGAAAUAUUUAUACGAAAAGUGACCCAAGUACACACAUAGUCCAUAAUUGCUCCUCCCUUUCUUCCAUAAACACUAACCAGCAUAGAAUAUUCUUUCACUGAACCUUCAUCUAAUUAAAUUAUGAUUCUGUAGAUUAUCAAUUCGCUCAACGUAAAAACAGGAGUCCACGAUACGCUCACAAAAUCCAGAACCGCCCGCUCUCCUCGAACAAUAUAUUUACACGAUGAGAAACACCCUAUACCCAAGUAUUUCUGGAAAAUCAUUUACAUAGAAAUCCGGCUCGAGUUUAAUCUACUUUACACUUACGGAAUAUUAUUCGUAAUGCAUAACGUCGAUCCAAAUGCUAAAUCAAGUGAACAGAAAAUAUGCCCUGAUGAUGAUUUGUCAAAAAUGGGAUGGGACUUUUUACCAGACAAUGAAUUUAAAUCCCUGAUGUAUGCUUGCUUCUAUAAUGAAGUUAAUUUGAAGUUUUUUCAACAAGAAACCAACGAUCAUACUGUUCCUAAAACUAUUGAUUUACACGAAGUACCAGUAAGAGAAACAGAUGAUGAGGGAAAAUUGACUGAUGACUUUAGGAGAAUAAACGUGAUGGAAGAAAUGCAGAAAUUCAAGGAAGCUACAGAAGACUUCAUGAAGAAAUAUCUUACAUCCUUGAAUUAUACGUUGUGAAACAAAUGAGUAAAAUUUGAUCGCAUCCAAGAAAUAGGCAGAUAGCAAUUUUUUGUAUUUUUUCAAACUCUAUAC